ACUCUAUGCCAGCAGCAGUCUCUUGUUGAACACCACAAUAAGAUUGAGCCACCAUUAAAUUUGCCUUGUCACCGACGUGUGAAUAUCCUUUAUAAGUCGACGACUUUAUAAUCUAAAUGCAACUGAGUUUCAAUUCAUAAGCAGCCAAUCUUGAUUUCCAUUGAUCUUUUUGAAAAUGGCAUCAUUAAACAUUGAUGACGACAAGCUCGAUCAUGAUCUCAACGAGGACGAUCCUGCUGGGGCAGACGAGAACGCAAUGAAGGAAGAAACCAAUCUAAUCGACAAGGAGAUUCGUGAAGGAGGCUGGGGGUGGGUCAUCGUCUUUUGGGCGUUCUUUACAAAACUACUCUUCAGUGGAACUAUAAAAGCCUUUGGGGUUCUAAUGCCGAAUCUCGUGAUUCAUUUUGGAGGAACAUCCAUCUCUAAACUUGGUCUCAUUUUGGCUCUUUUCGGAACAUUUUCUGAUAUCACAGGUUUUACCAGUGCUCCCCUUUGCAAGGUAUUUGGUGCAAGAUCCGUUGCAGUCGUCGGUGGUAUCCUCUGCAGUAGUGGAGUAAUACUAGCAUCGUUCGUUACAUCAUCAACUCAGCUUGCUGUCUGUUUAGCAGUAGCAGGUUUCGGCUUUGGCUUUCCAUUAGUACCGUCACUCGAGCUGAUAAGGUUGUUUUUCACCAAACGAUUUGCAAUAGCCAAUGGACUGAUAUAUUCUGGGACUGGUAUAGGCGUUGUGGUGUUUGCACCUCUUGGUCAAGUUCUCCUAGACACUUACGGAUGGCGGGGCACUUUCAUGGUUCUUGGUGCUCUAUGUCUCCACGUGGUGGUACACGGAGCCGUUUUAAGGCCUCUUCCGAGCAGCCAUUGUAAUGAGGAUGAAGCCAAGCCGAAGAAAACGGAGAAAGAUGCUGUUUCUGAACAAAAGGAUAGAAACAUCACACAUUUGACAAACCUAAAGAAAAAUAAGACAUGUAAUUUGCACGAGGACAGAAUUCCACUUUUAAGUACUAGUACACACGACUUAAACCUCAAUGGGUCACCGCUAUCAUUGUCUCCAUUGCAACGAACUUCAGCAGAAGAUGACGAUGAAGCAAUCAGAUCUAGAUGUUGGAACACUUGCGGACAUCAUUUUCCAUUUAAGUUAUUCAGAAAUCCACUGCUUUACCUAGUCCUGAUUAUACAGUUCUUUGCCCGUUUCGCAAUAGUGGGAUGGUUAUUGUUCUUCAUCCCUUAUCUUCAAAGUAAAGGGAUGACACCUCUUGUCGCAGCUUCCAUUGCAUCUGUAUCUGGUAUCUUUUCGACAAUAGCUCGGGCAACUCACGGUUUGAUCAUCGAUUUCGGGUUUCUGACUUCUGAGAAACUCUAUCUGAUGGCGACAUGGGCUUUGGCCCUCUCCUUGAUGUUGUGCCCAGUCCUUGACUCGCAUGCUCAAAAUAUGGCGGCCGCGGCUCUGAACGGUGUGGGGAAUGGGAUCGUCAUGCCUCUCGGCACGGUUCUCUUGAAGCAAUCUACAGACAGAGAUGUCUUUCGCUCCUCUCUUAGUCUUUCGUAUGGCAUCAAUAGUCUUGCCCGUUUGCUUGGCGGGUAUACAAUAGGAAGACUGUACAUGAUAUAUGGAACUUUCGAUGUUGGCUUUCUUCUAAUGGGCAGCUUUCACGUUUUUACGGGCUUUGUCAUCAUCAUCUACAUGAACAUAAAACAACGAUACACGCCUUUAGAUUCAUAGAAGCAGUGGCGUACCUACGGGGGGCACGUGCCACCCCCCCCCCCCCCCACCCCCAUCGGCUGGCAAAACAAAAAAGGGGGAAAAGAGGGAGAAAGAAAAAAGAAACGUACUGGGGAAGAAGAAAUUAUUGUAUAUCUAUAUUAUAUUAUGUUAUUAUUUUAGAUAUGAAUUCUUCAUAACUUUAUGAAACAUAAUUUGCUUAUGGUCUAUGUGUUUAUCAUUUCUAUUGUUCGCAUUGUCUGUUUUAUGAGAUAUAUAAUCCUGUUGUACUAAAACAUCCCGUUUUAAAGUCAAUAUAUACCAAAUAUAUUUCCUCGCACUUCGAGUUGUCAUUGUAGUGACAUAUGCUUUUCUUUCAUGACUUCUUAAAGUGAUUGCCCCCUCUUAAGGUCUGAAUAUAAAAGAUUCCCAUUCCGUGCUUACGUUCGCAUUAGUGGAUUGGUGAGAUAAUUAUGUCUGCUCUUCAUGAAUUCCUUUUUAAAAGUCCUUAAAACGUCCCUUUUUCUGAUCUGAAUAUAAACAAAUUUCAGCUCGCCUUAGGCGCUCGCAUCAUUGGUUAGUGAGUAGCACAUGGUCUUAUUGUAUUCUUACAAACAACCUUAGAACGCGUUCAUGUCUAAAUUAAAAAAACAAUAAUUCAGCUCGCGCUUCGCGCUCGCCGUAUUUGAUUAGUGAGAUAUGUAUCCUAUUCAUGACUACAAUGACUACAAAAAGUAUUUCAUGUGUUUAGGUGUACUAAUUCUAACAAAAUCAGCAAGCGCUUGGCGCUCGCAGUAAAUGACUAUGGUGAGAUAUGUCUGCUCUUCAUGAAUUCCUUAAAAAAUUGUCCUUGAAAUGUGUCUGUUUGGGGUCAAUAUAUACAAAAGUUAAUCCCCUUGUUACGGAGCCCGGCAAUGGACAUGUGAAAAAUAUUUUUGUCACAUCAAAAUGACUUAAUAAUAUCAAAUUUUAAAGACCGAAUUAUUUCAAUAAAAUGAUCGAAUAUCUCAUUUUAAUGACAUAUUAUCUACUAAAAUUACUCAAUAUAUCGUUCUAAUGACUUUAUUAGAAUAGCAUAAUAACUAAUUUCAAAGACAUAUCCCAUUAAAAUGGUAUCAUAUCUCGUUUUAAUGACAUAAUUAUCUCAUCAAAAUGACAAAUAUUUUUCACAUGUCCCUUCCCGGGUUACGUAUCUUGUUCUUGAUAUGUAUAUUAACAUCAUGGAUAAUAUCCCUAAUCACCCAACUUAUCUUACGUGUGCAAUUUUAUAUGUAAAGGCCAGAACAGGAAAUGUUUUAUGUAUAUCAUAAACUAAUAAAUUGCAAUAUUUUGCAAUAUAAUAUGCUUCAAUGUCAUGUAAUGCGAUUGCUAUGGAGCUGCAAUCAAAUAAAGUAAUAUUUGCCUG